UAAACUCAGUAUGUCUCAGUUUCACUUAAGUGGUAAUUUUUUUUUCUAUUACUUCUUUGCACUAGUACCACUUAAUUCAGCAUUUGACAUCUGUUUCCCCAGGGUUGGAUGAUUCUCGGAAUACAGCUCUUCUUGCUUGGAAAAUGAUCAGGGAUGGUUGCCUAAUGAAAAUUACAAGGUCUUUGAACCAGGUUCCCAAAAAGAAUCCCAACAUUUUGGCCAGAAAUUUGAAUAUAAAUCAAGUUGGAGAAACAUCUGCCUGCAACUUUAGCAUCCAGAAUCCCAGAAUAUAUGAUAAGGAGUCUAAAAAUUCAGUAAAUGCUCAGGAAAAAGUUCAAAUGAAUUCUGUUUGUAUGAAUUCCCCCAUAAAGGUACAGCAGCAUCAGUUACUACCAGAGAGCAAUAAAAAAGUCAGCAUUCACAGCAUGAAAAGUUGCUCAUCUGUUUUCAAUAAGCCAUGUAUUUCUCGGGGGCAGUUUCAGUCUCUCAACCUGAGUUCACCCAUCUAUAUGCAGAAGCAAAGAAAAAGUGAACAUCUUGCAUUUAAUACCAAAUCUAAGUCUUCAACAUGUGAUUCAGAAUUGGUUCUUGUUUCUACCACCAUCCCAUCUGUUAAUCAUGUUUCUGGAAUGGAAAUGAGUUCUAUGGUUGACUGCUUACCUAUGUUGGCUGAUUGGGAAGAUGUAGUUUUACUGCCAGCAUCUCAAUCUGAACAAAAUACAGAUUGUAUACCUCCUAUAAGUGACACAAACUUAGACACUUCAUUUACUUCUGGAGAAAGAUUAAUGGUUUUAAAAGAAUCAAAAACACUAAGUCCUGAAAACCUUGAGGGCAUCAAGGAAACGCCUCAAAAAGUUGAGACCCCUAAGUCUUUCGUGUACAGGAGUCCUAACACUACUGUUUAUAAUGUAAAAGAAGCCAAACGUCCAGGUUCAAAUGCUUCUACCUUUAAAUUACCUGAAUGCAGAUCAUGUACCUUCAACAGUAUUAAUGCCAGUGCAUCUCAUCAUUCCGUUUUGGGAAAACAUCCUCUUUUAGGUGGUACUAAAAGGAAUUCAUCUAAUCUUCCAACUUUUCCACCAGCCAAAAAACAGAACUUCAUUAUUCAUGAAGAAAAGCCUGUAUCACUUGAUUGCAGUCCAGUAAGAAGUUCUACCCAGAAGAUUCUCCCCUCUAUAUUAACAUCUACAGUUAAUCUACAGGAGCCUUGGAAGAGUGGAAAAAUGACACCUCCCUUAUGCAAGUGUGGCCGAAGAUCUAAGAGACUUGUUGUUUCUAAUAAUGGACCAAACCAUGGGAAAGUCUUCUAUUGUUGCCCUAUUGGGAAAUACCAAGAAAAGAGAGAACACUGUGAUUAUUUUAAAUGGGAAGAAACACUUCAAAAGGAAAAAACCAAUAACAUAGUUCUCUCUCACUCCACAGGAGGACUUAUUUUUAGUUCUCCAAAUACAAGCCAUAUUCAGGACAAAACUCUAAGUUUUUCUACUAAAAAUUCUUUGAGACUCAGACCUUCCAUGAGGAAUUGAUAAACUUUUCUUACUCAAAAGUACGUUUUUAUUUUCAGUGCAAUUUUUUUUUAGUUUUCAGUACUGGUGAUUGAACCUAGGACUUUCACAAUGAGCUAAA